AUGUCAUCUUCCGAUGUAUCCGACUCUGGCUGCAGCUUCUGGAGUGCCUGCUCUGCAGACUCCAGUGGCUCGAGCAUGUUGUCAGCCACACCUCUCAUUGCUAAGUCUUACAAGCAGAUUGCUAAAGAGGCUCACCGCAGGGAGGCGAACAAGAAGAACCAACAAGCAUGGGCGUCGGAAUAUCGUGGCAAGAUAAAUGAAUACCAUGGGACUAUCGACUCGUUCAUCAACGUUCUCGUACCUGCGAGCGAAGCAGUGUGCCCUCCGAUGGACUGCUCUAGGAAAUUCGACAAGGUUCCUGAAGACCGCCCCGAACCGUUAAUGUAUAACCCUCUGGUCAAUGGGUUCCUCGCUCUCACCGAAGACUUCCCAAUGGCAAAGUCACUUAGGUUCCAUGAUAACAGCAACCACAUGAUCCCGUUCCCGUACAUGUCGUGGGACCUUCAUCAUCACCGCACGAAACCCGACCUGAUCACCUCCUACCCGGGAACGACCACCUCGCUGAAGGACCCUCAUUGGAAAGAUGUUGCACUGGCGAUCGAAGUCAAGCCUGAAAGAAGCGACGACCCCAUUAGCAGGUGGGCCGAGGAUGGAGACAACACGAUGAGGCAGCUUGUCAAGAAUGGGCGGAAUCUCCUCGUGGGCCACAGUGGCCUGUUUGCGUUCGUGUUCGGGAUAUUCGGCCACGAGGCACGCAUCUUUCGGUUCGACCACUCGUCGUGUAUUGUCUCACCUAGGUUCAACUACGUCGAGCGGCCUGAGCUCUUCCGGCAAUUCUUCUGGAAUUUCGUCAAUCCUCUCUGCGACACACGGAUUUCUGGCGACGACCCGACGGUAGAUACUAAGAUCACAAGGUCACACCUCCGAUGGGUGGAGGACGUACUGGAGCCAGAGGAUGUUCAAGGCUCCGAUGCCGAAAUGCACCGGUGGAUUUCCGCAGACGCCGUGACCAAGGAAGGUGAGACGGUGAAGAUGAAUUUACUAACGGUCAAGCUGCUCUUUAUCAACCCUUGUCUGUUCUCCCGCUCGACGACGGUAUGGUCGGCGAUCGAUAAGGACGAUAUCAGUGGCAAGCAGUACGUUAUCAAGGACUCGUGGCGGCAGGGACUUCGAGAGUCAGAAAUGACAUACUGUUCCCAUAUAAUGAAGACGUUGCGGGAUCGAAACGAAGAACCGUUCGGAUUGGCUGUACUGCGGGCUGGAGCGGACCUCGGUGACCUGGAAGAUAAGGAACGAAUGAAGCUAGAUGAUCAAAUCCGCGAACCCCUCGUGCCCGGGAAUGCGCCGUCUGAUCUUCCCGAUCCGUCGAGCACGCCGCUCGCUCCUUCAUCCAUCUCGAUGGGUGCGGAUGAUGCGGACCCUUUGUCCUCCCCUUUGUCAUCGCCGCCUCGAACGCAAACAUCGAUGGCCGCUCCGGAACCAGACGAGCCGAAUCCGUUUAACCCAGUUGUAUCUCCACCUCCUCCCGCUUUCUUUGACUGCGCGAAUCAGGGAAGGGCAUCGAACUCUGUCGGCAUUUGUCCGAAAUCCGAAGAGACGCUAGGCAUACCUUUGUCAAAUUUCUGUCGGACGAAGCGGAUGGUCGAGGCGUUGUGCGAUGCGAUCAAAGGUCACCGACAGGCAUACAGCACUGGCAUGUUACAUCGUGACGUAAGCGAAGGGAACGUCUAUAUGAUUGAUGACAUGCCGUAUAAGGGAUUCAUCGGCGACUUCGACUAUAGCAGUUUCCUGCCAGGUGUCCGUGAUGGACAUGAUGACCCCACUAGACCCGAUGCCGAUCCGAAUGACUCUCUGAAGGAACGAACGGGAACAUACGCUUUCAUGGCAGUCGAGUUGCUCAACAAGAGGCGUGUAAUUCACGAUGCACAUCAUGACUUGGAGUCCUUCUAUUGGCUCCUCAUCUGGCUAGUCCUCCGGCACACUUCGCACGACGAUCCGAAAGGCGCGAAAAGAUGUUCGCUGCUGUUCUUCCACGAUGAUGACGUCCUCUGUGGGGAGGUGAAGCGUGCGUGGCUGUGCAGAGACCAGUACCUCGGUGUUCCGGGGAAUGCACCUUUGACAUGGUUGCUGAAGGAGCUCACCAUUCUGUGCGACGAUUGUCAAUGCAGAAGGAACGGUCCCACUGUGCAUCUCACGUACAAGGCUGUAUUGGAGAAGUUCGAGACGGCUCUGAGUUUGGAUGGCUGGCCAGAGGACGAUUGUGCGAUUCCCUUCAAGCCCUACGUGGAGACUGAAGAGGUUGGCCAUGCCGACCCCGCGAAUGCAGCAAUCGCUGCGGCGAUUGCUGCGGCGAAUCAGGCGGGCGAAAGCACGAAAGCACGAAGUCGGAAGGCCUCUAUCAAAAUUCAGGCCACGGCGUUAAACAAGAGCUCGAAACGAAAGUACGAGCCAGAGCCGCAAGUGGUUCAACAGGGGGUUCAACAGGGUGGCGCUGAACUUCGGAGAUCCAAGCGUGCGAGAUCCAAGCGUGUCAUGUCGAUGGGGUCUGCGCGCAUGUCAGGCUACUCAUGA